GGAUCAACACCUUUAUCCAUGGAAAGAGCUCCAAGAGAUUUUGGACAAGAUCCAAUUUAUCCCACUUGAUUUCGAUGAAGAAGUUACUGUAGUUGCAAGGAUGUUCAAUGACAUUUGCACAUUGAAGAAAAAUAAGUUAACAUUGGAUACACAAAUGGUAGAGCUCAAAGUUGCUUGUACCAACAAA